ACAUUUGAGUCUGCUAUUUGUGAUCUUCGAGGUCAUACUAGUUCAGGGUUUUAAAAUAUAAUGCAAUUUUUGUAUGCAAUUAUAGUACCUACGCAAGAGUGAGUGUUUCAAAAAUGCCGUUCUUGGAUAUUUUCCGGAAUUUAUUUGGUAUCAGGUACCCGGAUGGUCCAAAUCCAAAUUACGGGCCCGAAAUUCCGAGACAGGAAAAUAAUAAAUUUCGUAAUCCUAUUUGGGAAAAUGAUGACGAUGAGGAUGAUGCCAGUGACUUCAGAGAGUCCAAUGGAGGAAUACAUUUCCAAAUAUUUGGAGAUCCCAUCGAGAUGACUCGUUACUUCGAGUCCCAAAUGGACAAUAUGUUGAAGAGUAUCUUCGAUGGUUUUGGCCAAAGAGGCGGAUUUAUGGUGCCAUUCGACGGUGAGCCUACUUUAGAAGCUCUACCUCCUCCGGAAACAAAAAGAAGUGCAAGUUUACGUGAUAGAAUUCUCAAUCGGGAAUUUGAAUCCACAGAAUUUUCUCGAAAUCCGAAAGUGGAUUCGGAUCUAGAUGGAAAAAUUAGUUCUGAGGAGCUUACAAAAGUUUGGAAAGAUCCCAGCAUACAGGAAGUUGAACCAUACAAUCCUCGAAAUUCAAUCGCCAGUCGUUUUGCCGGAAGAUCUACUUCAACUCAAAUAAUUCGAAGAAGCGAUGGUACCUUAGAAAAGCGUCAAACUUUCCGAGACAGUGACGGCAACGAAAAAAUAACGGUCACGAGACAAAUUGGCGACAAAAUGCACGAAAUUAUAACGAAGAAGGAUAAAGCGGGAAUUGAAAGUAAAACUGAAAAUUUGAUUAAUAUGGAUGAAAAAAAUAUCAUAGAAUUGUACGGGGUUUUAUAA